AUGGUUAAAAUCAAGUCUGAAAUUGCAUCUGAAACUGAAAGUGUAAAAAAACGUGGUAAUCAAAGGGCUAGUAUCAAUAAGUUACUAUUUCAGUCAGCAAAUUUAACCAAUAAAAAGGACUUACUAUGUAAAGGUUUAAAUGCCUCGAACAGUAAAGCUGCUGGUAUUUUAAAAAAAAAUUUAAAACCAAGCAAAGAUUCAUCAGACUCAGAUCAUACACAAACAAAUUUUUCACCUAUGGCUGUGUCCACACAAAUUGUCAAAGAAAAAGUGAGUAUAAACAAUAAAAAGAAAAAAAGUAAGUUACUUGUCAAGCAAGAACCCAAAAGUGCCAGUAGUGAUUCUGAUUUCCAUAAACCACAGAAAAAACACAUUUUGUUAGAAUCGAAUAAAGUUAUUCUUCCAAUGCAUUUACUUCAAAAUAUUAAGAAAGAAGUGGUCUCACAAUCUGAAAGUGAUUCUUCCAAUAAAGAUGAACCCAAUAAUAGUAUUGCAAAUGAAAUUAAUGGUAAACAAGAUAGUAGCGACAGCGAGAGUGAUAGCAAUGAAGAAAAGUUAAGUCUACUUGAAAGAAUGCAAGAUAAAUUUAAAACAAAACAGAUGAGUUCUGAUUCAUCAUCAAACUCAGAUUCAGAAAAAAUUGUAAAAAAAGUAACUGCAAAAAAACCAUCAAAAACAAAACCAAAGCAAACUAAACUGAAUCAUAAGCAUCUCAAGAAAGAAUCAUCGUCUGAAGAUUCUGAUGAAGCACAGCAAAAUAAAUCACCACUUUAUGUAGUUCAAAGUAAAUCUGUGGCUACUCCAAAAUUAGUUGUUAAGAAAGAAGUUGGAAAAUCUUCUAUGGGAGAUUCAGAGGAUUCAUCAGAUGAUGAACAAAAUAAUACAACUUCAGCUUUGGCUUCACUUAAUAUGCAAAAACAGAUGAGUUCUGAUUCAUCAUCAAACUCAGAUUCAGAAAAAAUUGUAAAAAAAGUAACUGCAAAAAAACCUGCAACGAAAAAACCAUCAAAAACAAAACCAAAGCAAACUAAACUGAAUCAUAAGCAUCUCAAGAAAGAAUCAUCGUCUGAAGAUUCUGAUGAAGCACAGCAAAAUAAAUCACCACUUUAUGUAGUUCAAAGUAAAUCUGUGGCUACUCCAAAAUUAGUUGUUAAGAAAGAAGUUGGAAAAUCUUCUAUGGGAGAUUCAGAGGAUUCAUCGGAUGAUGAACAAAAUAAUACAACUUCAGCUUUGGCUUCACUUAAUAUGCAAAAACAGAUGAGUUCUGAUUCAUCAUCAAACUCAGAUUCAGAAAAAAUUGUAAAAAAAGUAACUGCAAAAAAACCUGCAACGAAAAAACCAUCAAAAACAAAACCAAAGCAAACUAAACUGAAUCAUAAGCAUCUCAAGAAAGAAUCAUCGUCUGAAGAUUCUGAUGAAGCACAGCAAAAUAAAUCACCACUUUAUGUAGUUCAAAGUAAAUCUGUGGCUACUCCAAAAUUAGUUGUUAAGAAAGAAGUUGGAAAAUCUUCCAUGGAAGAUUCAGAGGAUUUAUCGGAUGAUGAACAAAAUAAUACAACUUCAGCUUUGGCUUCACUUAAAAUGCAAAAAGAAGUUUCCAAAAUGAAACUUAACCAUAAACCACUUAAAAAAGAAAAAUCGUCGGAUGAUUCAGAUGAUUCAUCAUCGGAUGAUGAGGAACAAAAGUAUAACCCCAAGAUAAAUCAUAAAACACUUAAGGAAGAAGUUCAUCAAUCUUCAGAGGAUUCAUCAGCUGAAGAAAAAAAUAAUACAACUUUAGCUUCAGCUUCCCCUAAAAUGACAAAAGAAGCGUCCAAAAUAAAACCUAAUAAGGCCAAACUACUUAAAAAAGAAGAGACAUUGGAGGAUUCGGAUGAUUCAUCAGAUGAUGAAGACCAAAAAAAUACACAUAAGAUAAAUCACAAACCACUGAAGAAAGAAGUUAAGAAAUCUUCCUCAGAGGAUUCAUCAGAUGAAGAACAAAAUAAUGUAACUUUAGCUUCAGCUUCACCUAAAAUGCUAAAAAAAGCCUACAAAACGAAACCUAAUGAAAAACCUCGGGUCAAACUUUACCAUAAACCGCUUAAAAAAGAAGAUUUAGCUGAUUCAUCAUCAGAUGAUGAAGAGCAAAAAAAUAAACCCAAAAUAAAUCAUAAACCACUUAAGAAAGAAGCUCAGAAAUCUUCAUCAGAAGAUUUAGAGGAUUCAUCGGACGAUGAACAAAAUAACUCAUCAACAAAAACGAAACCUCAGGUCAAACUUGACGAAAGAACACCUAAAAAAGAAGAAGAAUCAUCGGAGGAUUCAGACGAUGAAGAACUACUUAAAAAAUCUUCAGAAGAUUCCGAGGAUUCAUCGGAUGAUGAAGAAAAUCAUAGCAAAAAUUUGACGUCAAUUAGUAAACCUAAAUGGAAUCAUAAACCACUUAAAAAAGAGGAACUUCAUCGAUCAUCGUCAGAAGAGUCAGAUGAUGAAGUAAAUCAAACUCAAAAAGUAUUUAAUACGUCCCAACUAAAUCAUAAGCCUUUGAAGAAAGAGGAAGCAUCAUCAGAAGAUACAGGCUCUUCAUCGGACGAUGAAGUAAAACCAAAUACCUCAAAAAGUGCAAAACUGAAUCAUAAACCGCUCAAGAAAGAAGAACUUCAUAAUUCAUCAGAGGAUUCAGCUUCAGAUAAUGAUGAUGGUGAAAGCAAUUUAAAUAAAACUGCCAGUCAAUCAAAAAGAAAUCUUCAAAAAUCAUCAGGUGAUGAGAGUUCAUCUAAUGAAGAAGCCACCAAGAAAAACCACCAUAAUGGUUUUAACAUAUCAGCUAUUUCAUAUGAUCCUGAUAAUGGUGAUAGGAAAAGAAUUAUUCAUAAUGGUCCUUUAAAAUGUGCAGAUAGUGAGAAUCCCUCCUUAGAAGAAAUUGUCCAAAAACAGUACUCAGGUGCAAAUAAAAUAACCGUUGAAAAUUGCCUUUCAGACCUCUCAGAAUCGGAAGAAAUAUAUUUGCUUCACGCCCCUGUAAAUUUGGCGCUGUCACAAUCGCAAAAACUCGAUUUUACAGGUAGAAAAAAACUGAAAAUCGAUAAUGAAAAACAUGCCAUCAAACCGCUUAAAAAAACCGACGUUAACUUUAUGGUAACCAACAAAGUCAAAUGCUUAAAAUUCGCCGGUAGGUACAAGUUUGAAAAGUACGUGAAAACCGACGGAAAGGCGGAAAUUACGGUACCGGAAAAUAGGGCGGUUCCGCUUCCGGAAAACCUGAAAACAAGGCAUCCGCUUUUCGGGGCUGAAUAUCUGAAGAAAAUUAAUUUGGACGAGAUUAUCGAGCAGAAGUUGCGAGAGGCAAUACAAAAUAAAUCCAAGAAUAAGACACCCAAGAAGAGAAAGGAACCCGAACGAGAAAAAACGCCUUUAAUAUUCGAUUUAUUGAACGCGCACAGUUCCGAAAAGAAAAGUAAAAAUAAGGCUGCAAAAAAUAAAAGUAAAGAUGACUCUGAAAGUUUGAUUAAUCAACUAUUAAGCGAAACUGUAAAAGAGCAGCAUAUAGAGGAAACAAGUAAAAAAUCCAAGAAGAAAAAGAAGAAGCAAAAGGACGCUGCAGAAAAUUCUGCACUAGAAACGCAGCAAGUGCACAUGCGCAGACCUUCAAUAAUAAACAGCACUUUAAUAAGCAGUGGUUUCAAAUCGCCCAAAUUCAAUCCGGAAGUUAGCAGGAUUAACAGUGAAACUCCACAGGUAAAAAAGUCGAAAAAGAAGAAAAAAGAAGAGCAAAAAUUACCUGAAGAACCUGAAAUGUCAGCUGACUUGGUGUUAGACAUACUAAACAGCGUUAAAAGCGAAAUGGUUGGCAACGAAAAAGUAAAAAAACGUAAACAUAGUCUAAGCGAAGAUAGUCAUAAUAAAAAGAAAAAGAAGACUAAAUCAUAG